AUGUGUACACAAAUUCGCUUAUCAAAAAAAAAGUCAAAUAAACCGGUUAGCAAUAAUUCUAUUCAAGGUAUAGAAGUUAUCUGGUUUGACCCGAAAAAUAGUGAUUAUUUAAGUAGAAAAGCUCGUUUACGUUCUAUUGGAAAUUACUUAAAAAAAUUCGAUGAUAUUAACUCAUGUGUAGAUUAUUUAUUUUCAAACAAAUUGAAUUCUAGAAAAUUAUUUCUUAUACUACCAGGUUCAUAUGGAAGAAAGAUCUUACCAUUUGUUUAUGAUGAAACAAACAUUACAUUUAUUUAUAUAUUUUGUAAAGAUGAAGAAAAACAUAAAGAAUGGACCGAACUAUACUCAAAUAAAUUAAGAGGUGUUUUUGUUGAUAAAGAACAACUUUUAACCAAAUUAAAUUCAGAUAUUGAUUUUUAUACAAAAAUGAUACCAAUAACAGUGGUACCAGAAAAAAAAUUAAAAAAGGAAACAUCAUGUUAUAAUUUAAAUGAAGAAGAAGCAUUAUUCAUGUGGAAUCAAUUAUUGAUUGACAUAUUAAAUCGUAUGCCAUUAACAUCUGUCUCGCGAAAAGAUCUUCUGGAUGAAUGUCGGCAAGAAUACCAAGGAGAUAAUAUUGAAUUAUGUAAAAUACAAGAGUUUGAAGAUACAUAUAAUGCAGAUAAUGUUAUUGAAUGGUACACACGGGAUGCGUUUCUUUAUCGUUUAUUGAAUCGAGCUUUAAGAACACGAGAUAUUUCAAUAAUAUUUCGAUUUCGUUUCGUUCUUGUCGAUUUGCAUAAUCGAUUGUCAGAUUUACAUGUUAAGUAUAUCGAUUCAUUAGAUAAGACUGUAAAUUUGACUGUUUAUCGAGGUCAAGGAUUAACAAUCUCAGAAUUAACCAAAUUAAAGGAAAAUAUUAAUGGUCGAAUAGCAAUGAAUAGUUUUACAUCCACAAGUUUAUCAUCAGCUACAGCAUUAGAGUUUGCCGGUCAUGGCACUGGUCGACCAUUGAUUGAAUCAGUUCUUUUCGAAAUUGAAUGUCCCAUAAAAUUAUCAACAAAACCAUAUGCUAAUAUACAAAAAUAUAGUUACCUAAAAACAGAAGAUGAGAUAUUAUUUACAAUCGGAACCACAUUCCGAAUUGAAUCUGUUGAACAAUAUACUGAUGAUAUUUGGUUUGUUAAGUUAAUCUUAUGUGAACAUGAAACAAACUCAAUAAAAGAUGAAUUAAUUGAUGAAUUAAAAUCUGAGAUCGACCAAACAGCAGAUGUUUUAACAUUGGCUAGAUUUCUAUAUCAAAUGAAUGAUUUAGAUAAAGCAGAAGAGUUUUAUACUUUAUUACUUAAUGAACUACCAUCUAGUCAUCCUGAUGUUAUAACAAUUAAAAAUGAUCUUGGAGGAAUAUAUCGAGAAAACGGUGAAUAUUUACAAGCUUUACAAAAUCAUAAAGAGGCAUUGAAGUUGCAUCGAUUGAUAAUGCCACAUGAUUUCGUUCAACGUGCAGCCAUUUACAAUGACAUUGGGUAUGUUUAUGAAGAACUAGGUAAUUAUUCGCAAUCAUUGAAAUAUCAUAAAAAAACACUUCGGAUCCGACGGAAGCAUCAACCAUACUACAAAGUUCAUUUCGUCACGACAUUUGGUCAUUUGGCUAGUGUUUAUAACCAAAUAGGAAGGAAAAUAUUAGCUUUAAAAUAUCACAUGAAAGCAUUAAACAUUAUGAAAAAAUAUUACACAGAAAUAAGUCCUGAAUUAGCAGAUACAUACAACAACAUUGGAGAAGUUUAUCUUUCAAUGCAAAAUAUUGAAACGGCUCGAGUAUAUUUUGAAAAAAGUCUUGAGAUUAGGCUCAAAUCUUUACCAAGUGAUCAUCGAAGCUUGGCAACAAGUUACAGUAAUCUUGGUCAAGUCUAUGAUUACAGUAAUGAUCAUCAAAAAGGAUUAGAAUAUCAUCAAAAGUCAUUGAAUAUCUUGUUAAAAUGUCUACCUCCAAAUCAUAUAGAUUUAGCUGCCGUUUACAACAACAUUGGUGCAUCCUUUAGUGAUCUAGGUGAUUUUACGUCUGCUCUGAUCAAUCAAAAGAAAGCAUUAAGAAUUAAAUGCAAUUUAUUAUCUUCGCCUCGGGUGCAAGUAGAAGCAGUGAUAUCAUGCUGUAAUAUUGGAGUACUGUAUGAAGAUCAAAAAAAGUAUAAAAUAGCGCUGAAAUAUUUCAGAAAAGCCAGUAAAUUAGCACUAUCGACUGCAAGAAAUACCAAACUCUUAGCAAUUGUAUAUUAUGACAUUGCGACUGUGUAUCACAAUAAGUCGAAUAUAAGACUAGCAAUGAAAUAUUACAAUAAAGCUUUGAAAUUUGAGUUGCAAUCCCAUGAAUCGAAUUCCAGUUUAGAUUUGGCAAAAAUUUAUUUUGGUCUUGGACAAAUUUAUGACAAAAAAAAUGACUUGAAAAAUGCACUUAUUCAAUUCGAAAAAUCAUUCGAUAUUCGAAAGAAAUGCUUAAAAUCAGAUCAUCCUUUGAUCGAAGAAACGUUGAGCACAAUGGGAUUUGUCUAUAGUAAAGAUGGUGAUAAUGAGAAAGCAUUAACAUAUUUCAAGGAAGCUUUGAAUUUGCAAUUGAAAUUCGAAUCGAUUUAUUUAGCAUCAACUUGUAUCAGUAUUGGUUCUAUUUAUCAUAAGAAAGAUGACUAUGAAAAUGCAUUACUUUAUUAUCAAAAAGCACUCAAGUAUGCCACAAAUAACGAACCAGAAUUAGGACCUCUUUGUUAUCAAAUAGGAUUAAUUUAUGAUGAUAAAAAAGAUUUCGAUAUGGCACUUGAAAAUUAUCAGAAUUCAUUCAAAUUUCCGUCAAAAAUUGAUUCAAUAAUUGUAGAUAUGUACAGCAGAAUGGGUCGGAUCUAUCACAAGAAGCGCGACUAUCAAAAUGCAUUACUCAGUCAUAAAAAAGCAUUGAAUAUUUGUAAAGAGCAAGGGAAGAAAACAGCAUCGAUAUAUUAUAAUCUUGCAUGGAUUUAUGAUGACAAACACGAGCAUAACAAUGCAUUAAAAUUUUAUAAAAAAGCAUUGAAUGAAAAUAGAAAGCAAAAAUUACCAAAUUCAGACUUAUUUUCCAAAAUUUAUAAUAACAUAGCUGGUAUCUAUGCUCGAUCUAACAAAUUCACACGAGCAUUAAAUUACUUUAAAAGGUCAUUAAGAACAAAAUUGACUCAAAGUAUACCAUUAUCUGACUACGAGAAUAUUGCUAUUGUUUAUCAUAAUAUUGGUACUCUAUACCUUUUCUUAUCUAAUUAUCAAAUGGCAUUGAAGAAUUAUGAAAAAGCACUCGAUUUUGCUUUAAAAGGGUUAUCCAAUGAUGAUCUGGCAGUUUCUCAGUAUAGGGCUAGCAUUGCUAUUGCCAAAAGACAUUUACAACUUGAGCAUGAUUGA